AGCAUCCACGUUGUUCACGGUCCGUGAUUCGCGGAUUGGCACCGGAAAGCUCAUGGGCUCAGUCAAGAGUGGGAAUGCCCGGACGCAAAGUGAGCCUGAGAACACGAAGAGGUGAGAAGAGGUGCUUGCACAAGAGGAGCCACCAAGCAGAGCAGAAGAAGGCCCUACGACUUUAAACUCGGCAUGUCGGGAUAUUUGUACCUCUCCUUUCAGCGUCCGCCUCCAGCUGAAGUGAACGUUGAGGCAGCCCCUGUGUGCUCUGGCUCAAGAGCUGCCAAGCAAACGAUCAACAUUUCACCGCUGCUGACCAACGAUCUCCGAGACGAGGCAUUUGUACCCGAAGAUCUUGCUGAAGCUCCACGGCUGCACUUCGCUUGGGUGACCCUGAAUCAAGAGGCUGGAAGGGGGUCGCAGGUACAGGCGCUGGGAAGUGUCUGCAGCACCGCAUGGCUUGGGCCUGAGUCCGCCUGGAAGACAGUGACCAUCGACCCACCCGAGCUUGAGCAUUAUGACGGUGAGGUUUGGGUCCGACUUGCCCUUUGGGCAUCCACCAAGAACAAGCAAGUCUCGAGCGCGGAGAAUCUCACUCAGCUUGUCCAAGAUGCGCUUCGGGUGCCGAUCGAGGUACACACGUCAGCAAAUAGUCAGCCAAAGAUCAUUCCGGUGCUCAGUGGUCCUAUUCUACUGCGCAAAGCUUCCAUACAAGCCGGUCAGAUUCACAAGCACGCGUCUCAGAAAGGUGCCCGGACCUCCAGCCAGCAGCUCACGAGCACGGCUAAGAAGAGUGUGAAGACAAAAUUAGACACUCUGACCCGCCUCUACUCAAUUAGUCUACCCUAUGAAGACUUGGCGUGGAUGUGCAAGCCUGACGAUGUGUCACCAAGCGCUUCUGAAGUCGAGCGGAGCGCAUCAACCAUAAUGAUUACGGAAAGGACUGGCUACGAGCUGGAUAAGCAUCUGUGGGACGCAUCUCUACAUCUCUCUCGUCUUCUGCGUCAUGUGAUGAAUCAGCGGGGCAUCGACUCCCCAAAGGCGGCAGAGCCGAUCCGCGACGGACGUCGCAAAAGGCAGAGGGUGGACGAAGAGAAGGAUACAAGCGCGAGCGACAAGACCACACCUCCAGGACAACUAGGCGCGCUUGAACACCUUCGAUCACUCCUACAACGCAGGAGUCUUCGCGUCGUUGAGCUAGGCGCCGGGACUGGGCUCCUCUCCAUCGUCUUGGCUGUCUUGCUCACACCGCGAGAUCGAGGGGCGCUCGACAAGGCAAAGCUUGGUGCCAGCCCUCAGCCCCCGCUUGAAGACCGUACCGAUCUUGAGGAGACGCCUGGAACAGCGCAGAAACUGCACAUAUAUGUCACGGAUUUGUCUUCCGCGCUGGAGCUGAUACAAAGCAACAUAGAUGACAAUAGGACGCUCCUUCAAGCGCAGCAAAGCUUCACACCUGAAUCCCUUCUUAUCGAGCCCUUGAUGCUAGACUGGGACGAACAAUUGCCAGCUCUGCUGCGAGACGACCAGCCCGAUCUAGUGUUGGUAUCCGACUGCACUUACAACCCGGAAUCUUUCCCUUCACUCUGUCGAACAAUCCGAGAUCUUCUGACUCGACCGAGUGCGCCUCGAGGAAACGGGCCACAUGCGCCAGUCUGCCUUUUGUCGAAGAAGCAUCGCCACGCAGCAGAGGAAGCGCUUUGGGCAGAAAUGCAAAGAAAUCACCUAGCCUGGACGCUCUUGUCCGGUGCGAAUGGAUUUGGCCAGGGCUUCGAUGCCAGCUUGAAUUCUGUAUCCACUAGCGACAUUGCGAUCGUCGCAACUGACACUGCGUCGGAAGACAAGGAAUACGGCGGAUGGGGCAUCUGGCUUGUUCGCAAAGCCAGCCCAUGA